UCGCAGUAAGAUGGCGCUGUCUGGAGUGGCAGGCAGAGGAUCUCAUAGCAUGGAUAAGAGCAUUACACUCCCCCCGGAUGAAAUCUUCCGCAACAUGGAGAACGCCAAGAGGUUCGCUAUAGACAUAGGUGGCUCUUUGACAAAACUGGCCUAUUACUCCACUGUUCAGCACAAAGUUGCCAAAGUCAGGUCAUUUGAUCAUUCAGCGAAGGUAAGCUUGGAGGAAACUGAUGGAGACCCACUUUAUGAGAUAUCCGUACAGGAAGAGAUCACUGCCCGACUCCACUUUAUCAAGUUUGAGAAUGCCUAUAUUGAAACUUGCCUGGAUUUCAUUAAGGACCAUCUGGUUAACACUGAAACCAAAGUCAUUAAAGCCACAGGUGGAGGGGCAUACAAGUUUAAAGACCUGAUCGAGAAAAAGUUAAAGCUCAAAGUGGACAAAGAGGAUGAGAUGACUUGUCUUAUCAAGGGCUGUAACUUUGUGCUUAAGAACAUCCCCCAUGAAGCUUUUGUGUAUGCCAAACAUGCCGACUCUGAAUUCCGUUUCCAGAAUACACACCCAGACAUCUUCCCCUACCUGCUAAUAAAUAUUGGCUCUGGAGUUUCGAUUGUAAAGGUUGAAUCAGAGGACAAAUUUGAGCGUAUUGGGGGAAGUUCUAUAGGCGGUGGUACUUUUUGGGGUCUUGGAGCUUUACUUACAAAAACUAAGAGGUUUGAUGAGCUUUUGCAGUUAGCUUCCAAAGGACAACACACAAACGUGGAUAUGCUUGUUAAAGACAUCUAUGGAGGAGCUUACGGUUCCCUGGGAUUGACUGGUGACCUCAUUGCAAGCAGUUUUGGGAAAUCUGCCACCACAGAUAAAGAGUUCUCCAAAGAAGACAUGGCAAAGAGUCUACUCCAUAUGAUAAGCAAUGACAUCGGACAACUGGCCUGCCUCUACGCCAAACUACAUAACCUUACCAGAGUGUAUUUUGGAGGAUUCUUCAUUCGGGGACACCCAGUCACCAUGCACACAAUCACCUAUAGCAUCAACUUCUUCACCAAGGGGGAGGUGCAGGCUUUGUUUCUAAGACAUGAAGGCUAUCUUGGUGCUAUUGGUGCCUUUUUGAAAGGGGCUGAAGAGGACAACCCUAACCAGUACAGCUGGGGAGAGAACUAUGCAGGCAGUUCUGGUCUCAUGAGUGUAUCUCCAGAACUGAACCCAGUGCAGCGGGCCCGUAGUGGAACAUUUGACAUGCUGGAGAUGGACCGCUUGGAGAGGCAGCUAGUGAACCUGCCCCUGUUGCAGGACCCAUCCUCUUAUAUCCCAGACACAGUGGACCUGACUGAGGAUGCUUUGGCUCGAGAAUACUGGCUCUACUGCUUUGAGGAGGCAUUGGAUGGGGUGGUGAAGCGAGCUGUGGCUAGCCAGAGAGACCUGCCCGAGGCUGGCGAAAGGGCGGAAAAGUUUCGUCAGAAAUACCGUCACAAACUCCAAACUCUCCGGCAACAGCCUUUUGCUUAUGGAUCCCUCACCGUCCGAAGUCUAUUAGACACAAGAGAACACUGUUUAAACGAGUUCAACUUUCCUGACCCCUACUCUAAGAUAAAGCAGAAGGAAAAUGACAUGGCACUGAAAUACUAUAUGAAGGUGGUGAAGUCUGUGGAGGAGCUGAGCUGGGAGCAGAGACAGUUUGCUCUGGUCAAAGGCCUUUUGGCCGGCAACGUUUUUGACUGGGGAGCCAAAGCCGUUUCAGAUGUGCUUGAGUCAGAUCCAGAGUUUGGGUUUGAACAAGCAAAACAACAACUGCAAGAGCGGCCAUGGCUUGUGGAUGUCUACAACCAGUGGAUUGAGAGAUUAAAGGGUCGUCCUCAUAAAUGUGCAUUAUUUUUCGUAGAUAAUAGUGGAAUAGACAUUAUACUCGGGGUUUUCCCUUUCAUUAGAGAACUCCUCAUCAGGGGCACAGAGGUUGUGCUUGCCAGCAACACUGGCCCUGCGCUGAAUGAUGUCACAAAUGGUGAGCUGCAGAUCCUAACUGAAAGAAUAGCUGCCAUGGACCCUGUCAUUCAGGCUGCACUCAAAGAGGACAGGCUCGCUUUGGUGCAGAAUGGUUCUAGCUCUCCUUGUUUAGACUUGAGUCGCCUCGACAAAGUCCUGGCCACGGUCAUCAGGGAGCGUGGCACAGAUCUAGUGAUCAUUGAAGGUAUGGGCCGGGCCAUCCACACAAACUACUAUGCCAUGCUAAGCUGCGAGAGCCUUAAACUGGCUGUCAUCAAGAACUCCUGGUUGGCAGAACGUCUCGGAGGCAAGAUCUUCAGUGUAGUCUUCAAAUAUGAAGUCCCUUCUAAAUCCCAAGGGCAACAUUAGGGAAAUAAAAAUGUUUUAGAGGUAAAUGCUGAGAGUUGGAAGGUGUUGUUCCUAUGUGCUUUCUUAAAAAUUCUGUGUGAGAUUGACAAGAUGAUUGUUUUUGUGGGGGGUGGGGGAGAAUGGGGGGAAUCUUUUUUUUUUUUUUUUUUUAAAUCAACAAUAAGGGGGCAGUCGUGUGUGCCUGCUUUGAAAUUGAAUGUGCGCGUCUGCCGUGUCCUCACUUUUAACAAUUGGAUGACAGCUGUAGGGGCUUUUUCUUGUAAUGAGAUUUAAUUUUAUUGUUCUCAGUCCAGAUUCUGUUGCUGAUGGACAAUUCAUUGGGUACAGAAUUGAUUACAAUGACAAAUAUGUUGUUAAUGAAUGGUUUUGAAACAGCCUGUAUAAUGAGGGCCUAUAAUGUUAAAGGUCUUUAUGUUCUUUAUGGAGCUUCAAAAUUUUGGUUCAUAUAUUCUUCUAAAAAUCUUCAUUCAUAUUCAGAAGAAGAAAGUCAUACACAUCUGGGAUGGCAUGAGGGUGAGUAAAUGAUAAAAGACAUUACAUUUUUGGGUGAGCUAUCCAUUUAAAUCUACCUUGCCCAAACGUAUUUACAAAUAUAAUCAUAUAAAACUUACAAAUAACAUUGACAGAUUUUGCCAUUGUAGACUGGUUUAGAAGUCUUAAGAUAUUUUCUGUCAUUUCAGUUUUUGACUAGCAAUCUUAAAAGAAAUGAUUAUGUUUCCAAUUAUUUAGAUAACUGCAUUUUUUUCUGACACUGACGCAUAUUCCAUCCAGAUGGCAUUGUAUAUUAAUGGCCAUCAUCUUUGUUUCCAUGACAACAUUUUGUAGUGACAAUGAUUUCCUUAUUGAUACAUUGAGCUUUGUUGACAUUCCCACUGUGGAGACAUAAUGCUAAAUAUGUAACAUGGAUUUUGCCUUAAGCUUGUAGGAAACAGUGUUAAACCAACUGCAGUGAAUCACUCUAGAUUCUUGCAUAAAAUAGGUACACCUGGUCUUUUGAAAAACUAAGUUACACAGUAUAUGGAUUUAGAUUCACCCCACCCCACUGUUGAAAGUGAUGCCCACAGAUGGACAGACUGAAAUGUAAAGGACAAAAGGAUUUAAAAUGGGUUGUGCAUCCAUUAACACUAGGUGUCAGUGUUGUUACAGUAUAUAAUUAGUUCUAUACAAAUAUCUGUUUUGAAUAGGGCAGAUACUAAUGUGACAGACAUUCAAUGCCCCCCUCCACCCCCCAGGAAAGCUGAGAGGCAUCGCAGUCUGUUGUGACUGCUUCAGAUAUUGUGCCAUUGAAAUGUAAUACACUUGUCCUCGACUCUAGUGCAGCUCUCACUUUCUACCAUUUAUGGAAAUCUUUAUCGUCUAAAAUCCAUUUCAUUGUCUCACUAUCACAGUUCUUUUUUCUGGAAGAGCGAGAGAGACAGAGAAACUGAAACAUCACUUCAGUGUUUUCUGUCUUAAAACAGUUACGUUUUUAAGGUAAUACACAAUCGUUAGUUUGUGGGCACUAAAAGUCAAUGCAAUGUAUUUUCAGGGCUAUUUUACAUAGUAAGAAGCACAGGUUGUUUCUGUCAAUGUAUAAUUUGUCUUGAAAAUCUCUCUGUUUAUGUAGCCUAUAUACACCGAUAAGCCACAGCAUUAAAACCACCUGCCUUAUAUUGUGUAGGUCCCCCUCGUGCUACCAAACAGCUCUGACUCAUUGAGGCAUGGACUCCACAAGACCUCUGAAGGUGUCCUGUGGUAUCUGGCACCAAGACGUUAGCAGCAGAUCCUUUAAGUUGCAUGUAGUCCUGUAAGUUGCAAGGUAGGUCCUCCAUGGAUCUUGUUGAACUUGUUGGUUUAGCACAUCCCAUAGACGCACAAUCGGAUUGAGAUCUGGGGAAUUUGGAGGCCAAGUUAAUACCUUGAACUCUUUGUCAUGUUCUUCAAACCAUUCCUGAACAGUUUUUGCAGUGUGGCAGGGCGCAUUAUCCUGUUGAAAGAGGCCAAUGCCAUCAGGGAAUACCGUUGCCUUGAAGGGGUGUACGUGGUCUGCAACAAUCAUUAGGUAGGUGGUACAUGUCAAAGUAACAUCCACAUGAAUGCCAGGACCCAUGGUUUCCCAUCAGAACAUUGCCCAGAGCAUCAAACUGCCUACACCGGCCUGCCUUCUCAUAGUGCAUCCUGCUGCCAUCUCUUACCCAGGUAAAUGACGCACCCGGCCUUCCACGUGAUCUAAAAGAAAACGUGUUUCAUCAGACCAGGCCACCACCUUUCAUUGCUCCAAGGAAGAAUGUGGUUCUCUCUCUCUGUGAGCACGUGGUGAGUUGUGUGUGGAUGCCAAGGAGAAUAGUUUGAGCCUCCACACACGCUAGGUCAUGCUCUCAAUAAGCCAAGUGGUAAAAUGUGCGGAUUGACUGUCUCAGACGCGGUGGCAACUGAGAUUCAUCCUCCGCCACCGGGAUUGAGGCGUGUCACUACACCAACUUGGAGCGCAUUGGGAAUUGGGCAUUCCAAAUUGGGGAGAAAAGGAGAGAAAAUCCCAAAAGCACUGACUGUUCACUUGCUGCCUAAUAUAUUCUACCCCUUGACAGGUGCCAUUGUAACGAGAUAAUAAAUGUUAUUCACUUCACCUUUCAGUGGUUUUAAUGUUGUGGCUGAUCAGUUUUAUGUGUGGCCCUCAUAAAAAAUGUGUCAUAAAUUGGGUAGAUGUUACCUAUUUUCAGUAUUUUAAGCACAGUGUGUACAACAACAACCUCAACUAAAGGAACUGGUGGUCUAGAAAGUGUAAUAUGCAUUUAAGAGUUAAGUGGGGCAGAAGCUUUGAAAUGGCCAUCAAAUGGACAUGGCUAAUAUCUUAUGAAAUCAAGGUGCUCUCUCAGACUAAAGUGGUUUGUACAGUAUUCAUUCAUCAUCUGUCCAAAGCCUUACUUUAAUGGUGCAUUCAUUUAGUGAAAUUUGUAAAAAUCAACUGUAAAUAUAAUGUAAGCAUGUACAUAAAAUGUACUGUUAAUUUGGAUAUCUUGAAAUAUAUGAGAUGCUCAGUAUUUUAGAAAAAUUUGCUCACUUGACAGUCAAAUGUAAUUCUAUGUUAAAUAUAUUUUACAGUGCAUUCACUCAACUUGGGUCUCUUGUUUCUGCUUUUGUAUUAUUUUUUUGCAACAAUAAAAUGUAUCCCUCAUUAAGAUUGACCGAUCACAAGAGUCAACAUGAAACCGCUUUCGAAACCCAUUUUAAUCGGUAAUGUGACAUUUUUCCAAGUGAAUCGGUAUAUUCAAUGAGUGGGGAAAAAAAUCUAGGAUGGGACU